AUGGAUUACCACUGGAUACUUCUGCUGACAGCCGUGCUGCAAGUUACUUUCCACACAGGACGACCUGAGCCCAGCAUCACCCCACCGGGGCCCCACCUUGUGGUCCCACUUAACGCACCUUUUGACCUGCAUUGCCAGGGUGAAAAGGAGAUGGAGUGGCACCGAGAGGAGCGGCCCAAAGUCCGGGGAGAAAGACGGACGGAGGGCGCGUCAACGUUACACGUGGCCCGAGCGCUGCCCGUCCACAUGGGCCGCUACAUCUGCUUAGAGAGGAUGAGUGGCAGGCAGACGUCCAUCUAUGUAUUUGUCAACGAUCCUGACAACCCUUUCAGGAAAUCGAAGGUGUUCAAAAUCCUUACCCGCGUGGGCGACGCCGCUUCCAUUCCCUGCCUGGCAACCGAUCCCAGCCUGUCUGACCUGCACCUGGAGACGUGCUCCGGCGCAGCCCUGCCCCCCAGCCUGCGCCUUACCGCCAGCCUGGAGCAAGGCGUGGUGGUCCGAGACGCGCAAAAGGCUUACGAAGGGUGUUACGUGUGCGCUGGCAUGCUGAGUGGGCGGCCUGUGCGCUCACAUGACUACAACCUUAUGGUAAAGCCAGUCCCCAUGGCGCCCCCUGUCAUUGAGAUGCGUGCGCCCGAACGAGUUCUCCUCACCCUGAAUGAGGAUCUGGCACUCACCUGCAACACCACCAACGUCAACAGCGAGAUCAAGCUCAAGUGGGUCACCCCACCUGGCUCGGGUGCCGUCUGGUAUCCACAGCAACCAGUAAAGGUUGACACUGCGUCGCAUAUCCGGGCGGAGCACUUCGACCACAUGCGCAGCGCCACUCUGCGACUGACCGCCGCUGAGCGGCGGGACAGUGGACGCUACUGCUGCGAGGCAGAGAACGAGAAGGGUGUUAGCGUGCGCUCCGUGUGGCUCGAUGUCUACGACAAAGGAUUCCUCAACGUCACAUCCACGAGCAAUAGGACCAUCCACGUGCGCUCCGGUGAUAGCUUAUCCCUAGUAGUAGAGCUGGAGGCUUACCCCAGGCCGCAAACCUUCUCCUGGAGCUUCAUGGGCCACCAGUUGAAGAACAACAGCGACCACGUAAUCACCACGCAGAGCACGCGCAACUACAGGUACAGCAGCGAGCUGAGGUUAGUGCGACUGAAGACGUCGGAAGGCGGCGUGUACAUGUUCAAAGCCGCAAACCGCGAUGCAUCGCUGAAUGAGACAUUCACCAUCUUUGUGACCACUAAACCCGAGAUUGUGUCACACGAGGGCCCAGUGGACGGGCAAGUGCGCUGUGUGGCAGAAGGAUUCCCUGCCCCCAAGAUAACAUGGUACUACUGCGAGCAGCCCUACAUCAGGUGCUCCCAGCAGGUGAACGCCACCCAAGAAGAGACAGACAUCAUCACCAUCACACUGUUCAGCCCCAUGUUUGGAAAGACGGAGGUGGAAAGUCGGGUGAAUGUCAGCCGGGGACGCUUCAGUACACUGGAGUGUGUAGCAACGGUGGAAGGAGAGCAGGCCUAUACUCUUUUCUCCAUUAGUGAGAGAACAAUUCCCCAUGGUCUGUUCACCCCCCUGCUGAUCGGCUCGGUGUCGGCGGCCUCCGUCCUCUGCCUUGUCCUUAUUAUGCUCUUCUAUAAAUACCUGCAGAAACCUAAAUAUCAGGUGCAGUGGAAGGUUAUUGAAGGAAUCCACGGUAACAACUACGUGUACAUUGACCCCACCCAGCUUCCCUACGAUCACCAGUGGGAAUUUCCCAGAAACAACCUGCGUUUUGGGAAGAUACUAGGUUCCGGUGCUUUUGGAAAAGUGGUGGAAGCAACUGCGUAUGGACUCUCCAAGGCCAACUCUGUCACCACGGUGGCGGUCAAGAUGCUUAAAUCAAGUGCUCACUCAACUGAAAAGGAGGCCUUGAUGUCCGAGCUGAAGGUUCUCAGCUACCUGGGAAACCACAUGAACAUCGUUAACCUGCUGGGAGCCUGCACUGUGGGAGGCCCCAUCCUGGUGAUCACAGAAUACUGCUGCUUCGGCGACCUGCUAAACUUUUUACGGAGGAAGAGGGAGUCUUUUUUCUUCGCCAAGAUGGAAGACGACUGCUACUAUCGCAAUGUGAUGUCAGAGAGGGGCACUGCUGGCGACAGCUUGAACGGCUACAUGGCCAUGAGGCCUUCUGCCAUUGGCAAGCCGCCUCCUUCCUCAUCCUCAUCAUCCACAUCCACGGUAGAGAAAAGAAACUCUUUCCGCAAAGGCGGCUCCUAUAGCGAAGAAGAUGCGGAGGGGGAAAUGUUUGACGAUGACGGCCUGUCAUUGGAUACGGAAGACCUGCUCAGCUUCUCCUAUCAAGUAGCCAAGGGAAUGGAAUUCUUAGCGUCCAAGAAUUGCAUCCACAGAGACCUGGCAGCCAGAAACAUUCUGCUCACCCAAGGGCGAGUGGCAAAGAUCUGUGAUUUCGGCUUGGCCCGAGACAUCACUACAGAUUCCAACUAUGUAGUCAAAGGCAACGCUCGGCUGCCGGUCAAAUGGAUGUCUCCGGAGAGCAUUUUUGAAUGUGUGUACACGUUCGAGAGUGACGUGUGGUCGUACGGCAUCCUGCUUUGGGAGAUCUUCUCGUUGGGAAACAGCCCUUAUCCCGGAAUGCCUGUGGACGGCAAGUUCUACAAGCUGAUUAAAGAAGGAUACAGACUGGACUCUCCUGAGUUUGCACCCUGUGAAAUGUAUCAGAUCAUGCGGUCCUGCUGGGAGGCCAACCCAGUCCAAAGACCCCCCUUCAGGAAAGUGGUAGAGAGAAUUGAACAGCAGCUGUCAGACGCCACCAAACAUAUCUAUCUGAACUUCAGCUCCCGUCUCAUGGUGCCGCCCAGACCCAACACUUCCGCCACCGCAGAGGAGGACGACGACAACGACAAUGAAGAGAACAGAAUCUCCGACACAGCUAUACAGCUCAGCUCAAAUGGCAACAGUGCUCCGACACAGCCCUUGCUAGUCCAUCACCAGGUUUUCCUGGAAGGCAUGGGCGUCGGAGUCCAACGGGUGUGA